UUAACUACGAUGGCUGACACACAAGCAACUCCCGCUGCCGCUGCGCCCAAAGCAGCUAAGGCUCCCAAAGCGCCCAAAGCCGCAAAGGCGCCAAAACCAGAAAAGGCUGCCGCUGCGGAGACGAAAGUAUCUGCAAAGAAAUACAAGCGUCACGGUCGCCUCUUUGCGAAGGCUGUCUUUACCGGAUACAAGCGCGGUUUGAGAAAUCAGCAUGAGAACCAAGCCAUUCUCAAGAUUGAGGGCGCUCGCCGUAAGGAGCAUGGCGAGUUCUAUGUUGGCAAACGCUGUGUUUAUGUGUAUAAGGCCGAAACUAAGAAGUGCGUGCCACAGCAACCCGACCGUAAGACACGCGUGCGUGCAGUAUGGGGCAAGGUUACUCGCAUCCACGGCAACACCGGCGCUGUGCGUGCCCGCUUUACAAGGAACUUGCCCGGUCAUGCAAUGGGACACCGUGUACGCAUCAUGUUGUACCCUUCAAGGAUUUAAGUUGAAAUUAACUUUAUAUGACCUGCAAGAGAACAUGCGUUUUAUAAUAAAUGAAACAAUUUAAAUUUAACUACAA